AUGUCUAAUAUUCCAUAUUGUAAUGCUGUUGGAAGUAUUAUGUAUCUGGUGAUUUGUACUAGGCCUGACUUGGGUUAUGCUAUGGGUAUGAUUAGUAGGUUUAUGUCAAAUCCUGGGAAGCAACAUUGGAAAGCUGUUAAAUGGGUGUUACGAUAUUUGAAAGGUAGUGCCAAUGUGUCAUUGUGUUAUAGUAGGGAUUGUGAUAAAUCAACAUUGUUAGGAGGUUUCACAGAUGCAGAUUAUGCUGCAGAUCUUGAUAAAAAAAGAUCCUUAUCAGGUCACAUUUAUCGCUUGUAUGGUAAUGUUGUCAGUUGGAAAGUUAACCUACAGCCAGUUGUUGCUUUGUCUACUACUGAAUCAGAAUAUAUUUCUCUUGGUGAAGCAAUUAAGGAAGCAGUGUGGUUGAAAAGGAUUGUUGGUGAGUUGUUAUCGCAGGAGUUUAUUCCUAUCAUCCAUUGUGAUAGCCAGAGUGAUAUUCAUCUUAUGAAGAAUCCAUCUCAUCAUGAACGAUCUAAGCAUAUCGAUGUCAAAUUUCAUUACAUCAGAAACGUUAUAGCUCAGAAAGAUGUUGAACUGGUUAAAGUUCAUAUAGUUGAGAAUUUGUUGGAUAUGUUAACUAAAGCUCUUUCAGCUCAUAGGUUUAAAUACCUAUUAGAUGAGCUGAAUGUUAAAUCUUGA